UGAACGGUGAAGCGUAGGUACCUUACCUUACAUCAGCGAACCCUUGGACGUCGCCCAGCACUUUUGUCAUGUGUCAUACAUCGCCGUAGUCGGAGCAUUGCAACAAUCAAAAAGGAUGGGGGCAGACACUUGAGCUCAAUUGGCAACGCAACGAACGUGAACUUUGACCAACAAUCACGAUGGAUCAGCUCCAAAACGACUAUCCAUGGACCAAGGCCCCGUUGGUGGUCGGCGCUCCGAUGAGAAUGAUUGCUCUUUCACCUCUUGCAAUCGCCGUCUCCCAAGCAGGAGGAUUCGGGUUCCUUGCCGCCGGUAACGAUGUGUCCAACCUGUCUUCCGGACUGGACGCCGUCAAGGCCGCUCAAGCACACGACACGCACUUGAGUCAUUUCAAAAACGUACUUCCGGUUGGCGUCGGCGUCUUCGUCUGGGCGGGAGAGAAACUGCUGCAGGCCUCACUUCCAAUCCUUGAGAAGUACCGCCCGGCCGCAAUCUGGCUUUACGCAGCGAACAACACCCGCGAACUUGUCCAAUGGACCCAAGAGACUCGCCGAGUAACGGCAGGAGUCACCAAAAUUUGGAUCCAGGUUGGUAGCGUGCAGGAAGCGGUUGAAUACACCGAAGCCUGCGACCCGGAUGUUCUCGUGGUCCAAGGCCAAGAUGCCGGUGGGCAUGGGCUGGUGCAGGGCGCCGGGAUCAUCGCUCUGUUCCCUGAAGUCGAUGAUGCCCUGACUACUUUAUGUCAGGAGCGACAGAUUCGCAAGCCCAGCCUGAUUGCCGCUGGCGGAGUCAUGGAUGGACGAGGAGGAGCUGCAGUCCUUGCCCUCGAUGCUGCUGGCUUCGCCAUGGGCACUCGCUACCUCGCAUCACCGGAAGCGAACAUUGCACAGGGCUACAGAGCUGCCGUCGUGCAGGCGUCUGACGGUGGCCAAGCCACGGAACGCACCAAGUUGUACGAUCAACUGCGUGGCACGACCGACUGGCCAACGAGGUACGGAGGUCGCGGCGUGCUGAAUGAGAGCUUCUCUGACCACGCCAAUGGCCUGAGCUUUGAGGAGAACCAGCGUCUGUACCGGGAAGCGGAGAAGAAAGGCGAUGACGGCUGGGGCAAGAAUGCGAGAAUGACAACCUAUGCCGGCACGGGCGUGGGCUUGGUUCGGGAGGUCAAAAAGGCGGCGAUUAUCACUGAGGAAGUCCGGGAGGAUGCAAGGCGAUGCUUGGACAAAGUCGCGAAUAAGCUGCGAUGAGAGAAGA